AUGAAGAUUCUUUCUUUAAACUGCUGUGGGCUGAAAGCGAAUGGAAAAUCUGGCAAUAUAAAGGAKCUUGUGCAAAAAGAGAAAURUUCUGUGCUAGGUUUGCAAGAAACAAAAUGUGAUAGCUUUUCAGAUGCUUGGUUUUCGUCGAUUUGGGGAAGCAGGAGCUUUGACCACGUCUUUGUAAGCGCUUCUGGCCGUUCAGGAGGUAUUCUUUUAUCUUGGGACGUAAGUGUUUUCUUUAAAGAAUCAGAAAUUAAGGGGGACCAUUUCUGUGGAGCGAUUGGUUUGUGGCAAAAUGUGAAAAAGAAAAUUGGUUUAAUUAAUGUCUACAAUCCUCAAGCGCUGGCGCAUAAAGCAAAAGUCUGGGAGGAACUGAGCUCGGUGAUCCUGAGUGCCUCAGAUGUUAUAUGGGUUAUAUUGGGGGAUUUCAACRCGGUUCGUUUUCCUGAAGAAAGAAUGGGAUCAAAUUUCKACUCUAAAGAGGCUUCAGAUUUCAACAAUUUUAUUUCUUCCUCUGGGCUUCUCGAUAUCUCUUUUUGCGGCAGACGUUUCACCAGAUUUAGCAAAGAUGGUUCCAAGAUGAGCAAGCUUGAUCGCUUCCUGACCGCCAUCACCCAACGACUACGUCUAGUCUACCAGAAGCAGCCAUCCGCCAUGGAAAAGUCAAAAUUCCUCCGCGUUUUUCAUCCCUAA